UUUAUACAGACGCAUACAUACCUGGCAUCUAUAUCUACCUGCCACCCUUCGAAUCCACCUACAGCAACCCUUCUGUGUAUAUGCACUAUCACGUAUCAAUCCCUUCCAACCUUCUAACCAGUUUUCAAUACACCCCUAUUUUUUAUCACUCACUGAAUCACCCCUUAUAUUUAACUUCCCCUUACUUUCCUUUCCGUCAUCCUGAAGGAGCAUCAACUUUAUUUCCCGUGAGUCAUGCUAAAAAUAUAUCCCUCCACUUCAUUACCUACCCUUGCGUCGGAUUUAUCCCUUCAGGCACUUGGGAAUUAGGGUUGAAUGACGGAUAGCUCUCUUCCGGUGAUGCGGUGUACAAUGAUUUCACGAAAGAAAAGUGAUAAUAUAGAUAUUGAUCUUACCACCUGUAGCUCUGAGAUUGAUCUCAACAUGGUGAGGGAUGAUUCUGAAAUAUUUAUAAUAAACAUCUUUUAUUUAUCACGUUCGUAAGUUAGGGUUACUACUUUGUACGUGUAACAGGUAUAAUUAAAGGUAUGACGGAGGAAAAUGAUGGAGAAAUCAAUGAAAUUGUACAAGAAGAAGAAACAAAUAUUUCACCGCCACUUACCAUUCUUGAGCGAAUCAAGAUUUUCCUUCGAUGUUACUGGAAAACGAUCAUUUUGAUCGUUACACCAAUCGCUCUGAUACCACUGCUGGUAACGUCCAAUCGACCGGAAUCAAGAUGCGCUUUUGUAAUAAUAAUAAUGGCCGUCUAUUGGGUAACGGAGUGUCUUCCAAUGCCAAUUACAUCGCUCAUUCCUCUAAUCUUGUUUCCGGUAUUUGGUAUAAUGAGUACCAGUAAAACCUGUGGCUGUUACAUGAACGAUACCAUUAUGGUGUUUAUCGGUGGUCUGAUAAUGGCGCUCGCUAUCGAGCACUGUAAUUUGCACAUGAGAAUUGCACUUGGAGUAAUGAAAUAUGUCGGAUGCAGUCAUAGCAAAUUGCUCGGUGGUCUCUGUACAGUAACCAUGUUCAUAUCAAUGUGGAUUUCAAACACAGCAGCAACCGCCAUGAUGGUUCCCAUUGUUCACGCGAUUCUUUACGAAUUGGAAAAGGAAGGAUUUGGUGAUAUGUUCAUUGAGAUACCAGAUCCUGAAAACCCUGGGAAGAAACCAGAAAAAAGACCUACAAAAAUUACAAAGGCUUAUUACAUGAGUGCGGCUUACUGCUCUUCAAUUGGGGGUACCGGUACUCUUGUUGGUACUGGUACCAAUCUUACCUUCAAGGGAAUAUUUGAAAGCACUUUUCCAGAGAGCCCAGGGGUUAAUUUUACCCUUUGGCUAGCGGCUUCUUUUCCGCAGAUGAUCAUAAACACUUUCCUUACUUGGUUAUACCUUCAGAUAAUGUAUUUUGGUAUGUUUAGACCUAACAGUAAUGAUGCUAAAUCUGCUACGAUUGGUAAAGAAGGAGAAAUGAUAGCGAAUCAAGUAAUAGAAGAGAAAUAUAAGGCUCUAGGUAAAAUUACGUUUCAUGAAGCUUCCACUGCUACACUCUUUGUUGUUUGCAUUCUUUUAUGGUUGUUCAGAAAACCAGACUUUGUACGUGGAUGGUCAGAAGUCAUCACGGAUACAGAAAUCAAGGAUUCAUUGCCUGUUCUGUUUAUCGCUAUUUUAAUGUUCAUCAUACCCAAGAAACCCACGUGUAUCUAUGCGUGUAAUCCGAACCCUAGUGAGGGACUAGUAAAAUCUAGUGAGGGUCUUGUCAACUGGAAAAUAAUUCAGAACAAGAUGCCUUGGGGUCUGAUGUUCCUAUUGGGCGGUGGCUUCGCUAUUUCCCAAGGGAGUAACGCGUCCUGUUUGUCAAAACGAAUAGGAGAUUCCUUGGAGCCAUUGAAGAAUUUACCACCAUUGUUGAUACUAUGUAUCGUUUGUAUUUCUGCCAAUACAAUGACAGAAUUUACGUCUAACGCAGGAGUCGCUAAUAUUAUUUUACCAGUCGUUGCACAAAUGAGUGUCGCUAUUAAGAUUCAUCCUAUGUAUUUCAUGAUUCCAGUUACACUGUCUUGUUCUUAUGGAUUUAGAUUACCGGUUGCUACACCACCUAAUGCAAUUGUUUGUGCUGCUGGAAAUAUUAGUACCAAAAGUUUAAUUCUUGGUGGUUGUAUCCCUGUGGUGUACACCUUUAUUGUUAUUAUUGUGUUAUUUCUAACUUAUGGAAAACUUAUUUAUGAUCUCGAUGAGUUCCCUUCAUGGGCUAAAAGCCCUAAGGGAGGUGAAGGUAAUUCUAUGUGUGAUUGAGGAUUUUAUAAAAAGUUUAUGAAACCUUUGAUU